CAAUAAAAUAAGUAGAGCUAAAGUUAAUUUUUUUUAAUGAUCAUUGUGUAAGUUAACUUAUUUCAAUGCAAUUUCCAAAAGUAGAAAAUUUACUUUAUUAUGUUGCCCGCAUGUUUUCAAAUUGUAUACGUGUUGUCAAGUCAGAUACAGAUCGCCAGAUUGGUUGAGCGGAGAGUUGGUGGAACCUUGGAACAGGUCCUGCAUGAAUCCUGAAAGCAAUUUGUAGCAAGAUGUCAUAACCUGCAACGUGUAGAAAAGUGUUUAUUACUAGUAUAUUCACAUUAGAAGUUUAAUUUACCUUUUUUUCAGUAUUUCCAGAAUACUAAUCAAAAAUUGUCAGUUUUUAUCUGAAUAUUUAAGCUAUUUGACAGUCUGUUGUACCGGCGAAAAACUUCAACUUUAUGUUUUGAUUUCUCAAGUAUAAUUUUUAUUGAAGAAUAUGGGUACAAUUAUUAUUCCUUUGAUAGUAGUCCAAUUGGUGUGUUAUGUUGUUGGACAUGAUAGGGUGGCACCAGGAGUUCCACCUCAGCAUUAUGCUAACCAGGGACAAUAUAACCAGCAUAUGCAUCAACAGCCAGGCCAACCUCCUAUGGGUCAGCAGCAGCAACAAAUGCACCAACAACCUCCUCAACAAAACUAUCAGCAACAACAGCAGAUGCCACCACAACAGCAGCAGCAAAUGCAACAACAACAGAUGCAUCAACCGCAGCAAAUGCCUCCACAACAGCAGCAGCAGCAACAACAACAACACCAUGCUCAUGGCAAUGUGAAACAUGAGGACAUGCUCAACGCAGCCAAUAUACAUCAGGAAAAAGACCAUCUGAAAGAACAUCUACAUGCUCAAGUGGAUACAAGUAAAAUGACUGAACAAGAACUUCAGUUCCAUUAUUUCAAGAUGCACGAUUCAGAUAACAAUAACAAGCUGGAUGGAUGCGAAUUGAUCAAAUCACUUAUCCACUGGCAUGAACAAGGUCAUAAGGACCCGGCCACCGGACAGACGGUUCAGCCGCAGGAGAAACUGUUCAAGGACGAGGAGCUGAUUCAGCUGAUCGAUCCGAUCUUGUCGAUGGACGACAGCAACAGCGACGGUUACAUUGACUAUCCAGAGUUUGUGCGCGCGCAACAGAAAGCUGCCAAACCCCCGCCCCCGCAGCAGCACUCGUGAAACUGAAUAAUUAUACAGUAGAUCCAGAAAACCCGGAAGUUGCACCUGAACGUAUUUCGACCGACCAAGAGCUGGCAAAUGCAGUCGACCCGCUCUUCAGGGACUACGACUCAGAUUUCGAUGGUUUUAUUGACUACACUGAGUUUAAAAAAUAUCAGAGUCAACAGCACGUUUGAUAGAAUUCUAUUAUAAUGAGUGAUUCAGUGAAUAAUUACUGUGUACAUUUACUAAGUUAUAAAUAACUACAUAAGUGUAAAUUCAGUUAUGUGCACCUUAUUCAUAAGGUGUGACCGUCUUCGAAUGUUGUGAGUGUGAAAGCUUGGUUGUGAGUUGAAAAACUAUCCUUUAUAAAUUAUCAUUUUACAUUGAAAUUUACACAAAAACGUUUAAUUUUCAUUUUUGUUUUUUAUUUAUUUCUUUUUUAGAUCUAUUUCAUUUUUUAGCCGUACUAUUUGUAUAAAAAUCAACUAAUUUUUCUUUCAACUUUCAAAAGUUGAUUAAUUAAUUAAUAUAUGUACUUUAUAACCUCUAAGAGGUUACUUUCAAAAAAAUUAUUACAGUCAUUGCUGAGUUUUUUACUUGGUACUUUUUUUAAAUGCUUUGCAACACUUUAAUAAGGAGUUCCUCUCCUUAUUAUAAAACAUUAAGCUGAAUUAUGAAUUUAUUGUGUCUUUUUAGACUCUGACUUAUUUGAAUGUGUGGAAUUCACACUACAUAUUCCACUCGAAUUUGUUGUUAUUAAAAUAUAUCACAAUUUUGUCAUAAUCUUGAAACGUUAUUUGUUUUUCAUUUGAACUCUAAGCACAAAAUUAUUGUUAUAAUUUAAAAAUUCCAUUUGGUUUCAAAUCGAUUUUACUCAACAAUUCAUGAUUUCUUCAUAUAAACUUUCCCAGUUUAAAAAUAUUAUCAAUUUGCUAUUUAAAGUUUAUUAUUGAAUCAACCCAAAACUUGAGGUUCCAUGGCAAAAACUUGUGAAAAUUUUGUAUAUAUAGAUGAAUAUUGAACAAAUUUAGUGUAGUUUGGGUGUAGUUUUUGAUUUUAAAGUUUUAUUGAUUUAGUUUUGAUGUUGAAUUUAUAUAAUUGUUGUUGAGUUUUUGUAAAUCUUGUACAUAUAUUGUGUGUAUUUGUGGUGUGGGUUUGAGGAUAAAGUAUAUAUUUUCGUCUUAAUGAAUUGCUAACUAUGUAGGUAUAAUAUUUAUUUCCGUGGAAAAAUGAACAAAUUUUGGAAUUAAUAUAAUUGAAACUUAUUGUUCAAGAUCAUUGUACUGCGAUUCUGUUACCGCUACUGAAAAUAGCACAAAUUUUAGGGCUUCCACUACAAUUUGACGCCUUCGAUGCACAUUCAACUUUGUGAAGAUGUAAUUUAUUCAUUGAUAUAAUUCCUAAGAAUUUUAAGCUUGUGAUCAAACGUUUCAUUUAGAUAAUCGCUGUUUUAUAAUUUGUUAUCCUUCUUUUAAACUUGACAAAUCUCGUUUGAAAUAUUUCAAAUUAUCCAAUAACUUACUUUUCCUUUUACACAAAGAUAGUCUACUCUAGAUGUCUAGAUUGAUCAAAUUCAUCCAAUAAAAUCAUACAGAAAACAGAAAAUUUCAGUAAUUACAACUUUUAUUGUAGUUUUCAAUUCAUUCAAGCAACUUAUUCUUGUGUUAUUAAAUUAAUUUAAUUAAAUUCUUAUGCUACUAUUAUGUACUCAUGUUUUAUGUGCAAUUUUAUGGGCAAAUUUGAGUCGAAUCCUCAUAAUCAUUAAUAAUUUCAUAUAAUAAAAUCAUUCAACUAUGUUUCAAGUGUGAUGUUUCAUUUAGUCACACAAUGCUUCCACAAUGAUUCUCUUACGUCUACGUAUUCAUGUAUAUUGUUCAUUAGCAAGCUAACCAAUUGUUGGUUACCAGGUACGGGUAUUUGAAAAUGUUGACCAGAUUAUUAAUAGUUAUUAGAGGAAACGAAUACAAUACUAAAACUAUAGAAAAAUACUCAAGUAGAAAGUAGAAUGUGUUGUAAAAAUUGAUUAUAAAUAGUCCCUUUACCUUUUUCAGUUUGUUUUUGUAUUGAACAUUUUUCUAUAAAGUUUGUAUUAUUCAACCGAAUCCCUCUAAUAAAUUAACUGUUGAAAAUCUA